CACUGACAUGUUUGGAACAUGCGCACGUUCCCAUUGCCCUGAUACAGGCUGAUUUGAAGGGGUGUAGCAAGAUGGCGGCGCCCAGCGCGAGUGAGAGUACAGAGCAGCCAGCGCUCAGGAGGAGGAAGGCGGCCGAGGCAGCUACGCGACCCCCGACAGAAGGCCGAGCUACCGCAGAGAUAAAGGAGGGGACCGAGGCAGACACCCCACUCCAGCACGGCAGCUACUGGCUGACUAGGAUCGUGCUGCUCAGAUUCAUAGCUCUCAUAUACUUUGUUGCAUUCCUGGUUGCCUUCCAUCAGAACAAGCAGCUGAUUGGGGACAGAGGUUUACUACCAUGCCGGCUGCAUCUGGAAAACAUCAAACAGCAUUUUGGAAGCAAGAUUGGCAUGGAUGCCAUCAGUCAUGCACCCACGCUUCUCUGGCUCUUAGACUGGUCUCACAUGGAUACCCACUUGGAUAACAUUGCGUUGGUUGGCCUUGCAAUUUCAACAUUCAUUCUCGUAACCGGGUGUGCUAAUAUGGUCCUUAUGAGCACUCUCUGGAUUCUCUACCACUCGUUGGUGGCCGUCGGACAGAUAUGGUAUUCGUUUGGUUGGGAGUCUCAGCUCCUCGAAACUGGCUUUCUAGGAAUUUUCCUGUGCCCUGUCUGGUCACUCUCGCGAAUCCCAGAGAAAACCCCUCCUUCUCGCAUCGUGAUCUGGGCCUUUCGCUGGUUUAUUUUCCGAAUCAUGCUUGGAGCGGGUCUGAUCAAAAUCCGAGGAGAUCGAUGCUGGAGAGAUCUUACAUGUAUGAACUAUCACUAUGAGACACAACCUGUACCAAACCCACUGGCGUAUUUCAUGCACCGGAACCCAGUAUUGUUCCACCAAUUCGAGACCUUGUUCAACCAUUUAAUUGAGCUGGUGGUACCUUUCUUCAUGUUUCUCGGGAGACGAAUGUGCCUAAUUCACGGAGUCCUACAAAUCCUUUUCCAGGUGCUGCUAAUUCUCAGUGGAAACUUAAGCUUCUUGAACUGGCUUACCAUCGUUCCAAGCCUUGCCUGCUUUGAUGAUGCCAGCCUGAGCUUCCUGUUCAGCUCCAAAGAAGGGUCAGUGAAGCAUCAGGUGUCCAAGCUGCAAGCCCAGGAAUCAGCUGGUGAUGGGCCACCAAAACCUUACGGUUCCUAUGUCCGACAACUUGUUAAUGUCACCCUGGGUGUCCUGCUCAUCUACCUUAGCAUUCCUGUGAUCCUGAACUUGCUGAACUCUAGGCAAGUUAUGAACACGUCCUUCAACCCUCUGCGAAUUGUGAACACAUACGGAGCCUUUGGCAGUAUCACCAAGGAGAGAACAGAGGUGAUCAUUCAAGGAACAUCAAGUUCAGAUCCCAACAACCCAAGCGCUGUGUGGGAGGAGUAUGAGUUUAAGUGCAAGCCGGGAAAUUUAACACGGAGACCCUGUGUAAUAAGCCCCUACCACUACCGCCUUGACUGGCUUAUGUGGUUUGCGGCGUUUCAGACGUAUGAACAGAAUGAGUGGGUCAUUCACCUUGCGGGGAAGCUGCUUGCCAAUGAUAACGCAACAACGUCACUCAUUGCACUCAACCCCUUUCUGGGUAAAAAACCUCCCAGGUGGAUAAAGGGAGAGCACUUCAAGUACAAGUUCAGCCAGCCAUGGGGUACACAUGCAUCUGAGGGAAAGUGGUGGAUUCGUAAAAGAAUCGGCCCUUACUUCCCACCGGUCAAUCUCCCUGGACUCAAGAAAUUCUUUCAGUCAAGAUCUUGGCCUGUACCCCCAACUCCAUAACAUUCUAAUGGAAUCUACCAAAAACAUUUCUAUUUUUUGUAGCUGAUUAGUUUUCAGUUUAUCCUUUUAUAAAAUUAUGCAGGGGAUAUUUAAUAAAAGAUUAUUUUUUUUGUUUCUGUGGUCACCUCUCCACAUUCCGAACUUUGCCUUGGAAUAUGCUUUUAAUAAUUUUUAUACAUGCCCUUACUACGUGAUCUAUGUGUAUUUUCUAUGGAAUAUCAGCAAAUUGCUCUUUAUCUCUGAAAUUGUAUAUAAUGUAAGCGUUUCUCCAAACAAUACUAUCUCUCCAGGAAAAUUCCCGCUGUGUAAUAAUGUCAAGGUACUCUGUGAAUUAUAAUUUGUUGGGAACUUAAUAACACACAUCUAAUAAACUGAGCAAAG